GUGCAGAAUUUCUAUCGUAAGGAGCCCGACCGGCUGAGGCAGCCGCGAUUCGUGUAGCUCUGCCAUGACCAAGCAGCUCUGGAACUGCGAUACAUCCUGGCGAUGUGUCCAGGCAUUGGCAGUGAUCCUGACCAUCCUGCUAUUGCCCGGUACAGGUGGUGCGCUGGAUCCCGGCAUCGAUUUAUUGGACGCAUUAAAUCUACACUCAAACUUGUCCCAAUACCCAGGUGUAACGAUUACACCAUCCAGAGUAUUUCAUUUGUCAGGUCUCGAUCGAAAUCUUGUUCUUCCGGCUGCGGUUUUUCACCGGGCAGUCGAGCAGAUGAAAAAAUCACCAGAAUUCACUUUUUCCGUUGUCCUCAAGCAAGAGCAGUCAAACUCUGGGACCAUAAUAUCAUUUUCCAACGGAAUUAAUAGGUAUUUAGAAUUACAAUCAAGUGGAAGACGUGACGAAAUACGUUUUCAUUACACACACAUAACAGCAGCGGGUGCAACGCAGAUUCUAACGGAAACGUUUCCGUAUCGACUAGCGGACGAUAUCGAGCACAAGGUGUCGCUUACAGUCAGCGGCACUGAAAUGCAACUAUUCAUCGACUGCCAUCCACUGUAUAAAAGAGUGACACAUUUUUUACCAGAUAGAAAUUUUAGUGCUUCCAAUAUGCAAUUAUUCGUCGGACAAAGAAACUCAAAUAGUCAUUAUUUAUUUAAGGGAGAAAUAAAAGAUUUACGUCUCAUCACUGGGUCUUAUGGUUAUUUAUCUCAAUGCGAGUUGAUGGACGCACAAUGUCCUACCUGUGGACAAUUCUUAGAGUUAGAAAAUGCUUUAUUAGAAUUAAAACAAACAAUGUCGCUGUUAACAAAAAGGCUAGUGGAAGCAGAGAAACGCGUCUCAUAUAUUGAGGAAUGUGAUUGUAAAAAAUCAUGCUUAAUAAAUGGUACAACUAAAAAUGAUGGUGAUGCCUGGGAUAUUGGGUGCAGUCGAUGUGAAUGCAAACAAGGCAUAGUCAAAUGUGGUCCAAGACCAUGUCCAGAAGUUAAAUGUAAACAUCCAGUAUUAAAAGAGGGCGAAUGUUGUCCUGUCUGUUUGAAAUCUUGUUACAUUACUAAGAAAGACUUUGAACAUGGCGAAAUCCAAAUCCUUGGCUGUAGAAACUGUUCGUGCGUUGAUGGUAACAUGCACUGUGAAUUCCUGCAAUGUCCCGAACUAAAAUGUCCACCGGAACAACAAAUGUCUGUGACGGAUGAAUGCUGCAAAUUUUGUCAAGGUGUGGAUUACUGUUCAAAGGGCCAUGCAUGUCAUAAUAACGCUACGUGUCUUAACCUUAACACCAAGUACACGUGUACCUGUCGUUCGGGCUUCCACGGAGAUGGGUAUCAAUGUUUCGAUGUGGAUGAGUGCACUCAGCAGGGUGGUCUUAAUGGUAACCACUGUCAUCUGAACACGCGAUGUGUGAACACGUUUGGUUCGUACAUUUGCGAAUGUUUACCUGGCUACCGAAGACAAGACAAGUUUAACUGCGUGGAGAUGGACGAAUGCAAAUCUGGCGAACACAAUUGCCACGAGAAUGCCGAUUGCAUUAACACAUUAGGUUCUUACCAUUGCCAAUGUAAGGAGGGCUACACAGGAAAUGGACGCGAUUGUAAACCCGUGUGCAAUCAAACUUGCUUGAAUGGUGGCGAAUGCCGCUCACCUAACGUCUGUACAUGCCGCACGGGAUACAUUGGUGAAUCGUGUGAAAAAGACCUGGACGAGUGUGCAACAGGUCUGCAUCGAUGUAAGGACACGACGGAUUGUGUAAACAUGCCGGGCUGGUACUUCUGCAAGUGCAAGGCUGGAUUCGAAACCAAAGGCAAAGAAUGUGUAGAUAUAGAUGAGUGUUACCUCAAUACGCAUAGCUGUCAUCCGACAGCCCGGUGCGUUAACACAGCGGGACAUUUUAAAUGCGAAUGUCCGGCCGAAGGCGAUCCGGAUUGUAGAUUAAGUUGUAUGUUCGAAGACCGUGAACUACGAGAUGGUGACAAAGUAUCACCCAGUAACGCGCCAUGCAAAAUCUGUACCUGUUCAAAAGGUGUGAUCAGCUGUGUGGAGCCUCCGUGCAACUGUUCUUCAUGGCGUCCAGGGGUCGUCAGUGAACUAUGUUGCCCACAAUGCGAUCCGAAACAAUCUUGCCAGCAUCAGGAGCUGCAACAUGUCACGUUUCGCAGUGGCGAACAGUGGAUAUAUCAAUGUCAAACAUGUGAAUGUUUGUAUGGCGAAUUUGACUGUUGGAAACUUGAUUGUCCUCCACUCACAUGUGAUAAUCCGAUGCCGGCCGGACCGGCAGACUGUUGUCCACGAUGUCCAGAUGACAGGUGUGGGUUUGAGAACCUUACCAAACUAAUCGCGAGCAAUAGCGCUGAAGAAGUCGGUGUCGGAACAACAUGCUUGUACGGGAAUCACGUAUACCCACCUGGACCAUUUAAAUAUCCGUCCAGAGAAUGUACCACCUGCUCCUGUAAGGUCCCCUACUGUGCCCUACUGGUGAGCAAUUCCGCGUGUUGUGUGCAUCGAACGGCAAAAUCACCUGUCGUUACGACGAUAACUGCAGUAUUGCUGACAAUCGUGGUGCACUACGAAUGGUGGAAGAGCUUAAUGCGAACAAUAGGAUCAACCCUAGCUCUUCUAAUCAUAAACCAUCGCAAACAGCGACCCCAAAGAUGUUGGUGCACCCACAGCAACAGCAUCAUCAUUUACCACACAGGACUGCGGCGAUCAAUAGUUUAUCGAAAACAGCUAGCCGGCCUGGCAGAAAUAACAAAGCAAUGCCAACAGACGCAACAAUGGCAGGAGAUGCAACUUCAACUAGCACGGCAACAACAUUUGAAAGGAGCACAAUUAGUAGUAAACAACAUUUUAAUCACGCAUCAGAUGAAACAUCAAUUGCGCGGACUUUCGCUAUCGGCUGGUCUAAGAUCAAUGCAGAUUUUGGUGCAGAACCAGCCGAUCCACAGUAUGCUGCAGGAUCCAUUACAGUUCCAGAAGCAACCAGCGGUGCUGGACAUUUCACUAAAGCAGGUGCACCAUCGGGCGACGAAAACAUACUGCUUACGGCACCGGCAAAAACGAAUCAUUUACAACAUAAUCCUGACAACGGAGGAUUUACAAUUGAAGCUGAAGGCGGAUCAUCCUCUAGGAAACAACAAGCACCCAACACUGUUGCAACAACACCACAGACCCCUGCAACGAAUACACACAAAAAACGAUCAUUACUGCAAAUGUUCCCAAUUUUCGAUUCGAUUAGUGAUUUGGACGGUGAUUUAGUAGCCCCAACCCGGCGUAAUACGAAGCGCAGUGAACGUGGAUAAGAGAAUAUAAAUUUCGCAAGACAACCCUGUUAUUCGAACGCAAACCAAAACUAUUCCAAAAUUAAUUUACUAUAUUAUCGAGAAACACGUAUCCUUACAACGAAAAGAAUAAUAAUUCAAGGAGUGAGUUUUUGUACAUGAUACAUACAUAUGUACAUGUACAUCAUAUGCACAUGGUUCAAUAAUCUAUUGCAUACAACAAUGAAGGUAUGUAGUAUUUAUACUGCAAAACAACAUUUGGUAAUUAUUAACAGUUCAUUAACAGUACAAUCUCAAAUUAACUCUGAUCAAAAUCGCAUACCUGAAAUAAUAUCGAGAUACAUCAGGUUUUGACAUUUUACCGUUCAAGUGUUAAAAAUUCCUGCGACAUUGACCUACGUAUAUUCUAAAAAGCAUUCCUCUCCAACUCAGCCUUCAUACAAAAAGAACACACACACACAUACACACACGUAUACAAACCCCCAUUUGAUGCAAUAAAGAGCAGGUUUAUGGUAGAAUCCCGUAAUUAAAUUAAUCUCAUAGUUAUAAAUGAUGGAAUCUUCAACGAUGCAGAGCGUUAAGAGUAAAACAGCAAUUUUAAUCGGCCUGAAUCGAGGUAGCCGCAUCGCGGAAGUAAUUUAACAAUGAAAUAUGCAACUGCGUCAAUAGAACAAAAAAUUCUGGAUUUUUGCAUACGUUUGACACCAACGAAGGAGGUUGUAAGUUCAUAAUGGGCUAUAUAAAAAGUGUAAUGUGUACAAAAUAGCAAACUAUACUGAUGAAUCAUUCAACGGAUUACGGAAUGUAAUGUUUCGUCCGAAUUGUACUAUGUGUUCGUUAGUUUGGUGGAUAAUCAGUACUUACUUAUCUCACUGUAAGCAGUUAAUGUAUGUUUGCGCAGAAUGAAAAGAUGAUAGAACUUAAAUAGGAAUAGGUCAAGUAGAUAGUUUAAAGUAAUUGUGACAAAUGUGACACAAUGUUUAACAAAUUGCUUGGUUCUAGUCAUUGACGAAAGGGAACUUUAAGGAACACUUAUUUAUUGCAACUCAUUACUCUGAUUGUGUUUGUUACUCAAUAAUGAUUCUAUCAGACUAAGAUCAGCCAUUAAAUUCCUUCUGAGCAAGGACCACAAUCCUUCCUGAUUGAUAUGACAAAGGUAAUGGAAUCAAAAAAGGCGUUCUUCUAUUUAUUCAUGCGACGAAUCUGCUUCAUAACAAAGCACAGGGCAAACAAAUUGUGUGAAAUAUUUGAUUUAUUCAUUUUGUUAGAUUUUAUUGAGUUUGGUUUCUGUACAAUUAAACGAGACAUAAGAGUAAUGAAAUUUAAUGUUUUAAACUUUUUACCAGCCUUAGAAAAGAUGACAUACCGAUGCAUCUCAUGAUGCCUUGGAAAAUGCUAGGAAAAAAACAACUAAAUGUAACUUUAAACAUCUUUAAUGGGCAUACUGUGACUUUGAAACAGUAUAUAAAUUAGACCAGAUUAAACUUCAAACCGAGGUAAUGCUAAAUAAACAUAGAAGAGAAAAAACGGGGUUACGACUAAAACUGUACGCCAUGUAGAAAAAUGAGUACGAACAUAAUAUGACGAUCAUGCACGUUGAUCAUGACAAACAACGACUAGAACCGCAAAAACGGGCAUUGAAUGUAAUUUGGAGUUUAUCAACUAUAACACAAACAAACAAACAAUAUAAUAGUUUAAAUUAUUUACACAUUUCAACGAACUGCUAGCAUUUAACAAGCUUAUCGAAAAGUGGACAAGAAAGGACUAAAGAAAUGAUUUUUUAUACAUUACAAUAGAAUCGUAAUAGCAAACGUGUCAUGCAUAUUGUUUGUACUUAUAACUGUGACGUGAAUUAACGAGCGUAAAAUACCGACCAUUGUUUUUUUUUUACAAUAUACCGACAUUUUCGAACAACUGCAACUAGCACUAGAGUGCCAGACGAAUUAUCAGUGAACGAAUAGCUUGAUACACUAAUAGUAGGAACAUAGAAGCUGCAAAUUAUCUACUUCAAGUCGCAAAAUUUUAAAAUAAAAAAAAUCUUAAGUAAGUAACGAUACGCUGGGUAAGAUACCGCUUUCUAUAUCUAAAACAAAGCGCAAAUAGAAGCAGAAUUGUUGAUAAGGAGGUAGUCAAACGAUGGAAUAAAAAGUAUGAAAUUAAUGUUUUCGGUCAUAUGUUCAUAAUUGUUUAGUGCGAGUUUCUGUGUUUUAAGUUUUGAUUUCAAUGUUUUAAUAUUCUACACUGUACAUACAACUAUCUAAACCCUACAUUAAUUUUGAUAUAAAUUAAUAAACAAAAUUAAGAGCUGAAAAGACGAAUAAACACUCUUAUGUUCCCAUUUAAAUGUCCUGAUUAGCGCAUUUGAAGGUAUAGAUAUUAAUAAUAAUAAAAAUACAAGCAUAGACGUUUAUCAGCAGCGUUAACGAAAGCUAGUGAGCCUGCAUAGGUCUCUUAAUGACUGGAAAUUAAAUAUGUAUUUGUAUGUCUUUAUAUUUUAUAUAUCUCUAUUCAUGAAACAUACAUCUAAAGAUAUAUAGAACAUAAAGACUAUAUUGUGCAUAUAUUUAUACAUAAAUAUAUAUACAUAUAGCCUACGCAUUGUAACUUAAUAUGCUUAGAUUAGUUUAAAAACUUUUAGGAUAACCAAGAGAAUCUUAUGUACAUAGGUAGUUAACAACGAAGAACACAUACAAAAUAAUUAAACAUUAGGAAAACAGCAAAACUAAAAUAGUAGCAAUUGAAAUCAAUUGAGAGGAUGAAUGAAGAAUGUAUCUCAAAAAGAAUGAACCGCAUCGCAUUAAGUUUAACAUUAAUGAAAGAAAGAAACAGACAUUAAAAGCAACGGUCAUAUGGAUGAAAUUAAACUUCCAGUUGUACACAAUUUGCCAUAGUAAACUAAAGCCAAUCAAUUAAGGAUCAAUGUUUUCAGAAUACAACGCAACAUUACAUUAAAUCAGGUACCACAAAACUACCAGGAGUGUAUUACGACAACUACAGCGGCAUGAAAUAAAAUGCAUUAAAAAAAAACAAAAAAAAACCCCAAAAGUACACACAUGUUCCAAAAGAUAAACACAAUUGUACAAUAGCAGUUUACUAGUUCAAACAAACCAUGUGAAUAAUUUGAGUCGUAUAAUUUGAAGAUUUGUUUAACAUUCUUUUGGAUAAUAAUUUCGUAGUGAUCAAAAAUGCAAAUCUGAAUCCAAGAAUUUCAAAUCUACUGCAAAUCUCUCUUUCCAUAGUUUUAUCAAACAUCUCGGCAUAUAUUAUUAUAUUUUCCAAGAUGAACGGCAAUGCUUAAUGCAAUAUAAUCUAAAUUCUUAAUAUAAUCUAAUUUAAUGAGUUUUCAUAAAUUGUAAAAUGAAAACGAAGAUAACAAGUUUUAGCAUCUUGUUGGGUUUUAUUUCUUUAUGUUUAGCUUUUUUCAGUGUUUGGCAUAUGGUGCCAUUGGUUAGAAUUUUUAUAUCCUGUGCAGUGAAACGUGAAAGUUUACACUAUACGACAAUCUCUUUGUACAUACACAUGUAACUAUCCUGCUUUAGAACAGGCACGUGUGUAAUACGUAGUAGCUAUUUUGUUUGGCAAUUAAGCAUACAAUCAAAAUCUUGUUUGAUUAUUUAAAAGCAAAGCAUUCAUGUUACCUACUACAUAUUAUAAUUCAUUCACACCUUAUGAUUGUUUUGUUUUGUAUCGUUUGUUAAAACUACGUUUAACUACGAUUUGGCUAUCAGCUGGAUCAACACAAGAUCCGUGUGAGAUAAGGGGGUUAGGAUUGUAGAAGGUAAUUACAACGUUUACUACAACAACUAUAAUGAAACGAAAAGCUCGCACAACUGAGGAAAAAUCUUAAACGUAAUAUUUUAAUUGGGCCAAGACUAUGAAUACACCCGUUACGAUAUGGUGAAUCAUGGGCAAAAGAAUUGGGAAUAGCAAAGGUUAGAAAUAUUUAUGGACGCACACAAGGAAACAAAAGUCAACAUUAAAACGAAACUAGUAAACCAAUUAUAUAAUUGCAACGGUACCAGCAAAAACUAUUAGGAGUGAAUAUUGAAUUAAAAAUGAGUGAUCGAUUGUGCUGCAACAUACACAAAAAGAACCUCGGAAAUAUAUUAAAAACUGUGCAUGUUACAACUAAAACACAUUCGUACAACAGAAAACAUUUAACACAAAGCCCAAGCAAUAGAAGAAAUAA